ACAGGGAGUUGGUCCGUCCGUUUUGGGCUGGUCUUGAGGGAAAAGGGAAGUUUUGUUGGCUUUUUUGGCGGGAAUAUCGUAACCUGUGACGUCAUGAGGAGCAGACCAGACUUCCAGAGCAUGCAGGGGUGGACUGCGCAUGAUCAGAUCGAUCAGUUGAGGUCGAAACUUUCCCUGAAAGACCGUGACAGACAGGCGUACUAUGAGGCUUCCCGUCGGGCCAUCGCCAAGAACGAGAACCUGGUCCUCGCACUGCACGCCGGGAACAAGGAGCAGAGGGUGGCGCUGGCACAGUCACAGAACCGUGACGAAGAGGUGAUCCACCAGGUGUUCCUGGAACGUAAGACGACCCGGCUGGCCAUGCUCAGGAACACCGCUAAGAAAGCCAUAGACCUGAUGGACCAGAAGGGCUGUGAGGAGGCGAAGCGGUACAACUCCCUGCAGCACCAGCGCAGCAUGUGCGAACAGCGCCUGCGCGACCUGCAGACCCUGUUGGACUCCAUGGAACUGGCGGGGUCAAAGGGACCCAAGGACAUCGAACAGGAACAGGUGAUCCGUCAGCUGGAGAACCGGAUCGACAAGAUGCGGAUCCGGAUCAACACGGCGAAGAACAUCCGCCACACGUACGAGGAGAUCCUGCACUAUCUCAAGGAGGAAAGCCUGGUAUUCCCGGAGAAGCUUGACGCCAUGGAGCUGGCGAUCCGCGCGCAGAACAAGGAGCUGGCGGAGCUGCGGGCCAUCCAGCAGGACGCGCAGCUGUCCAAGGACGUCGCCAAGUCGGAUCUGCAGAAGCAGGAGCAGGCCCACUUCGAGGCGAAGCGCAUGCGCGAGCAGACCCUGAACGAGAAGAAGAAGCAGGUGGAGAAACAGAAGGAGUUCGCGGAGAAGGCCGAGAAACGGGCUCAACGCGCAACCUUCCAUGCCGACGAUCACGCCCAUGACCACCCGGUCUCCCGUCUGUCCAUCUCCAAAAGCGCCGAGCAGAUCCAGACGUACGAGGAGGCGUUCCGGCUGAUCAAGGAGGCGACGGUCGUCUUCGACAUUAACGACAUCGUGUGGCAAUUCCAGAGGCAGGACGGCAUUCCUCAGUAA